CUGACUUCACACAGCUGUUAGCAACACCCUUUUUGAAAUAGAUAUAUGUAUCAAAUAUUACGAAAUAUCAAAUUAUUUUCCAACAACUUGGAGCAAAAAGUACAUAUUUAUAUCAUCUGAAAUAAAUGUGAUUUGUUUUCGUUUCCUUAAACUGCAUUUUGUUCGCCUUCGCAAGAACGUUCUGCUUCGUUCGAACAAAGGUUUAGCACUGUUAGCAUGCUAACUAGCAAAGCUUCUUUUGUAGCUUGAUAAAUAUUUUUUUAAAAAUUGGCUCAGAAAAUAGAUUUAGAGGAAUUUAAAGGCUGGUAAAUGCAAUAUUGGGUGUAAAUUCGACGUUACACGAUAACGUGAUGCUGCACUGAUAGGAAUAACAUCAUGGAAAAAGAUGUUAAGGCGGAUGCAGCCCCUGCAGUGGUUGGAGGUGUAAAUGUGGCAAAUCUGGCAGCUCAGAGCAGGUCUGAGGAUGAAGAUCAAGCCAUUGUGAAGGACGUGAAGAGACCAGCGGCUCAGGCCUUCGGUGGAGGAGGUCUGGUUCCAAAAAGGAGAAGCUCUUCCAGGUCAAUUAAGAGGAAGAAGUUUGAUGAUGAGCUGGUUGAGAGCAGUCUGGUUAAAUCCUCUAGCAGGGUUAAAGGCCCACCAGGCAUUGAGCCAAUCCGCUGCCCUGGGGCUGAGCCAUCAUCCAGUGAAAAAAAGAAGGUUUCCAAGUCCAGCACAUCGUUAACUCCUCCACUGACCAUGGUGAUCACGCCAUCCCCAAUCACCAAACGAGUGAAGAAGAGCAAGCAGCCUCUGCAGAUCACUAAAGACCUGGGACGCUGGAAGCCCACAGAUGACCUGCUGCUCAUUAAUGCAGUGCUGCAGACGACAGACCUCACCUCAGUUCAUCUGGGAGUGAAGUUCAGCUGCCGUUUCACGCUGAGGGAGAUUCAGGAACGGUGGUAUGCUCUGCUCUACGACCCUGUCAUAUCCAAGCUGGCAUGGCAGGCCAUGAGGCAACUCCAUCCCGAGGCCAUCGCCGCUAUUCAGAGCAAAGCUCUGUUCAGCCAGGUCGAAGAGGCUCUACUCGCCAAGAUUAGCUCGAACAGUCAGCCAAAACUGGAGGUUUUCCAGGACUUGCUGAAUAAGCAUCCUGACGUUUUCUACCCAUCACGCACUGCUAAGAGUUUACUGGUUCACUGGCAACUGCUCAAACAGUACUACUUACUGGACGACCAAAGUGUUCAGCCUCUGCCCAAAGCAGAUCAGGUCCUUAACUUCUCAGAUGCUGAGCAGAUGGUCGACGAUUCCAAGCUGAAGGAUAACAGAGAUGAAGUACUGGAACACGAGCUGAUGGUUGCAGAUCGGCACCAGAAGAGGGAGAUCAGGCAGUUGGAGCAGGAGCUCCCACGCUGGCAGGUCUUGGUGGACAGCAUCACCGGUAUGAACUCGCCGGAUUUUGAUAACCAGACGUUAGCUGCAUUAAGAGGACGCAUGGUCCGAUACCUUAUGAGAUCCCGAGAGAUCACCCUUGGCCGUGCCACCAAGGACAAACAGAUAGACGUGGAUCUGUCUUUAGAGGGACCAGCGUGGAAGAUCUCCAGGCAACAGGGGAUCAUCAAGCUCAAAAACAAUGGCGAUUUCUUCAUUGUGAACGAGGGCCGUAGACCGAUCUAUAUCGAUGGCAGACCAGUCCUGACUGGUAACAAAUGGAAACUUAACAACAACUCUGUGCUGGAGAUUGCCGGGCUUCGCUUCGUUUUCCUCAUAAAUCAGGAGCUGAUCUCCCUCAUCAAAGCCGAGACAGCGAAGAUGAACCAGCAGUGAUUUCUCAAACCUGCACCUGAUCAGUCAGCUCAGGACUUGUGCACUGCGUGUGCGAGCAGGAGAGUGGACUGCUGCCUCAGUAGAUUGUCCUGCAGACAAGCGUUCUGAAACCUAGAAAGGUUAUAAGGGCUUUCAAACGCUCCGUGUGAGAAACCCCUUCAGAGCCAGAACAGAGGAUUUGGACUGAAGGUUCAUUUCACGAUUUACAUAUGAUGGUACAUUCAGACUGCACCAUACAGUACAACAUAUAGCGAUUAUCUGUCAUGUAGCCAAUACAGACACGUCAGUUUGGAAAACUAACAGAGAUCUUUAUCAACGUUUGUCUGGCUUUGAUGUUAUAAGUGUUGAUGUUUGAAUUAGGUUUUAGGCCCUGAUGUAAUCUUUACACUGCACUAUUUUCCUUCAGGAAAUUGAAUGACAAAGCUACAGUUUUAAAAUACAGUCAUUCGAAUAUGAGAAGCAACAGCUAAGCUUCCCCGUGUGUUCAUUUGCCUGUUUUGAAAAUAAAUAUUUAAACCUUCAGAGUAAA